AUUCGUCACACCACCCAACCAAUGUAAAAAGAAAGCAUCGGGCAAUGGAAUGACUACGACCACAAGUGGAUGCUGCGCAUGAUAUGCGGUUUACUUUUGACACAGGUGGAUAUCAGUUUUCGCCGGUCAGAACUCCGAUCAAAUUAUAUAUUGGACAGAAGUUGCUCGGUUGGGAGAAAAUGAGCACGGAUUGUCAGCAUAAAAGUGGAAGAAAAUGGUUACUAGUGAUUGCUGUUUUAAGUGUUCUGGUAACAUCAAAGGUUUAUGCUCUUGAGUUCAGCUUGGAUCAUAAAUCAGAUGAAAGUAGUGCUAUCACCACUCUCGUUUCCAUUGAAGCGACAACCAUGGACGAAGCGACUCAAACGGAUAGUACGGAUUUAUACGAGGGAACUACGGACGUAACCGAGAGCUGGACAACAGAUACAACGGAGGAUGGAUUAGAACAGGAGGCCACGUUUCGCAAAUUGAAUUGUACUGAGUGCAAAUGUGGCAACCGAGAUUCACUGGGCAAAAUUGUCGGCGGAUCAACCAGCAAGGAGAACGCCUACCCCUGGAUGGUAGCCCUGUACUACAGGGACCGAUUUACGUGUGGCGGUUCACUGAUAACUGAUCGCUAUAUCCUAACGGCUGCGCACUGCGUAUUCCGGUUGAGUCCAGCCCGCUUCCGUGUUCAACUUCUGGUGCACAACCGCACCCAACCGACGACGAACUCGGUGGAACGGAGCGUCAAAGCCAUCAAGACGUUCUUCUACAGUGGGUUGUCCAACAACAAUGACAUUGCACUGAUGGAGUUAACCUUCCCGGUAACGAUCGCGGAGGAUCAUCUGGUACCGAUAUGUUUGCCUCAGACCAAUGACGCCUUGUAUGAUGGGAAGAUGGCCGUCGUUACGGGUUGGGGUAAAACUGCGUACGGAGGGUUGUCAGCUACGUUACAGGAACUGGAGGUGCCGAUAUUGACUAAUUCAAGGUGCCGGAGGGCGGGCUAUUGGUUGUUCGAGAUCACCAAUCGGAUGCUUUGUGCGGGGUACAUAGAAGGCGGGAGAGACUCGUGCCAGGGAGACAGCGGUGGACCUCUUCAGGUAUAUAACAAUGAAACGCAUCGUUACGAGUUGGUUGGAAUUGUGUCCUGGGGAAGAGCUUGCGCACAAAAGAACUAUCCUGGAGUGUACACAAGAGUCAAUAAGUUUCUGCGUUGGAUUAACAACAAUGUUAAAGAUUCAUGCAUUUGUACGUAAUAAAACUGUUAAUCUAUUUUGACUGCCAUCGAUUUUAUAGAA